GGUCUAUUCUGGAUCUAAGGCUCAUGAUGCAAAGGGAUUCAAUAAGCUGGUAGGUGCUGGCCAACGCAAGGUUUUCAGCUCUAGUCUACAGCGAAUGAGCACGGAAAUAUACCGCAGCUUCCUCAUUCAUUUGAAGUGUUUACGCUCAGAUCAGAAAGGCAUCACCCCCCACUGAUAACCUGCAGCAGCUGGAGGACAAGGUCAGCUCAGACAGCAGCUCGGAGCCUGUUAAAACCUGAGCCACACACAGAUUCUCAGACUUGGCCAGGAACAAAGGAGCAGCGGCAAGGCUUUUCCCCAUAAUCCUCUAGUGCUCCCUCCCAGCUGGCCGAGCCUGACGGGUGUGCUUACACUGACUGGAUCUGAGUGCUCUCUUUUUCCACCGUGCAGGGUCUGGCUGUGUGGAGGAAGCGGGGGCUAAUUAAUGAGCUGCUGCCCCUUGACGAGAGUCCACUGCGGAAUCCACUACGGCGGGCGCCGAGAGACCAGCAGAGAUGCCCACCGAGACUCUACAGGCAGAUAGCAAACCCGCCGGUCAGGGUGGGGCCUUUGCCUCUGCUGUCCCACUCCGCAUCCUCAACAAGGGGCCUGACUACUUCCGCCGGCAGACCGAGCCCAACCCAAAGCGGUUGAGCGCCGUGGAGCGGCUCGAGGCCGACAAGGCCAAGUACGUGAAGAGCCAGGAGGUCAUCAACGCUAAGCAGGAACCCAUCAAGCCACAGGUUCUUGCCAAGCCCCCCGUCUGCCCGGUUCCCGUCAAGAGAAGUGGCGGCAUGGGAUGUGGCUUGAAAGCUUCCAACAACAACGCCAAGUCGGACACCUGCGCAACCACCACCAAACGGGAGAAUCUCAACCUGGAGAUACUGAAGAACAUCUUGAACAGCUCCUCCUCAUCCGAUGGGCCCACCAAGGGGACGUCGCACAAAGUCGGGGCACGUAGCUGGGCGCCACAUCGCUCGUCCGAGCUGUUGGAACCGGGAUGUCGUUCCUUUGCUGACUCGCUCAAGGUACCACCUUCCACGCAAGGUCGACACAGUCCACAGGGAGGCAACUUGAACCUGAGUCGCAGGCUGCUGGAGGAGAGGUCGUGUGAGGCUGAUGACGAGCGUUCACCGCUGCACGCCUCCCACAGCUCCUCAGACAUUCGGCUCCUGUGCAAUGGCAAGCCACUGAGAGCGGCCCGCAGCAGCAGCUCUUCCGCACCACCACUGCCGCCCAAGCCUAGCGCCAAGGCCUUGGCUGCAUGUGACAAUGCUCUCUGCUCCAUUGAAAGAGAGACACUGUCUAGCACUGCUACAGAGCUGGAGUUGGGCAGUUCUGUGGUCCGUAGACCCUCUCUUCACCGCUCCAAAUCAGACUUGAGCGAUCGCUAUGCUCGGGCCGGUGCAGAUGUGGAGCGGUUCUUCAACUAUUGUGGGCUAGAUCCAGAGGAGCUGGAGAGCGUAGGUGUGGAAAGCUUCACCAGAGCGAACUCUGACAUUGUGUCGCUCAACUUCCGUAGUGCCAGCAUGAUCAGCUCGGACUGUGAGCAGUCACGGCACAGCAACGACGACCUGACCGAUGAAGAAGACGACGCUGGGGAGCGUGUUCCCUAUGGCAUCUCUGCUGUAGAACGGAACGCCCGGGUCAUUAAGUGGCUCUACAGCAUCAAGCAGGCGCGGGACUCUCAGAAAGUCUCCCAUGUCUAAAAUAGGAAACAGACCCCCACAAGCUGGUUUGGACUGGUACCUGCUUAUUUUUGCAAUCCAUGCACUGUCUUUGAAAUCUCGAAAGAUUACAUGGCAUAGCAUUUUGCGUUGACUGCACUUUUUAGUCGCUUUUUGCAUUCAGUGUUUGCAGUCUUCUGAAUCUGCAGAAUUCCUUAAACUCAGCCUCUUUGCAGCCUCAAGGUAAUGCAUCUUAUGUAGAAGCCUCUUUAAAGAUGGUUGCGUCAAUGCCAUCUCUGUGCAGAGAACAACUCAUAUUUUCUUUUUUCUUUUCUUCUUUCUGCCUCUGUCUGUCAGAUGUUUUGAUGCCAGCAUCUUUCAGGUGCUUCUUAUUUCACUUGGGCACACUGAGCCAGGAAGCCAUAUCUGUAUGAAUGCAGAGCUACAGUGUCUUUUAGACUUCUUUUGAUCCUCUCUUUCUGUCAAUUUUUUUUUUACUGGUUCUUAUGAUUAUACGAUAUGUAUGUAAAUAAACCUCUGUGAAUAGACGCAGCAGAAGCAUGUUUUAGUCUAUUCUCGAGAUCUCCAGCAGUAUCAUGACACCAUUCAGCUUCAUGUGGUUUGGUUUCACUUUGUCUGUCGUCCAUAAAGUUCCCUGUUUGGCGGUUGAUUAUUUUUGUAAUACUGUUGUUUCGAAAGGUGUAAAUGCUGUAAGAAUAUGUAUAUAAUUUUCAGAGUUGUCGGAAAAGCAUAGUGUGAUGACGAGUAUGCUAUGUUUCUCCAUAGUACCUUGUCUGUUCGUUCCCUCUCUGGGCUUGCAGCACAAGGCUGUGUGAGACUUUGUCAAUGACCAAAUCUGUAUGACACUGUUGUUGCAAUGACGUAUAUGUUGGGUAUAUUGAAGUUUGAGCUGUUACUUAAAAACUUCAUCAAGACGUUUGUUCACUUUUAGUUCUUUUUCAUUUCAAUAAAUGGCUGAUUUUGCCAACUUUUGCCAUCAA